AUGCAAAUAUCCAAAAACUAUGUACUUCUUUAUGCAUUUUUCAAUGCUCUUGUUGCUGUAGCGAAUUCUGCAGACAGAAAUUAUGAAGAAAAUUUGUGGCUGCAAACAUCGAAUAAGCAACUUUCUGAAAAUUGCAAAAGUGCUAUUAAAAAAUUCAAUAAUCAUAUCGAUUUGUUCGGAAACAGAAGCGAAGUUGAACAAAUUUUGCAGCAUUUUUUCGGUUCUGGAUUCAGAAAUGAAUUAGUUAGCGAUGAUCGUUUUCCUAAUUUUUUUUUGUCGAAGCAAUAUUUUUUGCUUUUACAGUUAUAUCGUAUGUUACAAUGCUUCAAAUUUGCUGGCGAUACACCAUAUUCAGUAUCUGAGCAUACGCUUCACUACUGUUACGGAUAUAACACUCAGCGACACAAUUCGUCAGCAUACAGCAUUUGCAUUCCAUCACCAUGCGCUGAAGACAAUCUUACACUGUUGGAAAAUUGGAAAACCAUAACAACUCUAAGCAAAGAUGAAGUUCCAAUUAAUGAAACAAAAUGUAUACGGUCACGGUCCAAAACCCAGUGGUAUCAAGAACCAUUGCCAAUUAUAUGCCUUCUAUAUAUCGUCUGCCUGCUGCUUAUCGUAUCCCUAACUACAGUUUACCAUUAUCAUCGAGGCGAUAAUCCAAAACGUCUGUCGGGAAAAUUGCUUCUUGCAUUUUCGGCAAAAAAAAACUUACCAAAGUUGUUGAAGCCACCAUCGAGCAAUAGGACAAUGAUAACAUGCAUGUAUGGGAUACGAUUUUUGACGAUCAUCUGGAUAAUUAUUGGGCAUUCAUUAGCCUGGCCAUAUAUCGAAAACGUGGAUGAGUUUAAACAAGACAUUGCUGGACAUUUUUACAAUCAAUGGAUUUCAAAUUUUCUUCUCACUGUGGAUACAUUUUUGGUUUUGGGUGGGACUGUAAAUGCAUAUGGAUGGUUCUCAAAAAUUCAACGUUUUGAGGAAAAACCCGGAUGGCUUUCCUUCUCCUAUUGGCUUGCUUUUUACAGACAUCGAAUUGUUCGACUGUGGCCAGCCUAUUUUUACACAUUGGCUGGAGUAAUCUUCCUUUCCAGUGUUCAUUUUCAUGAUUUUUGGCCUGAGCUAGACCCUGUCGAACAGUGCUCAAAAUACUGGUGGCAAAAUUUGCUUUUUAUUAGCAGUCUUUUUGGCAACAAAUGUAUGGGGUGGACAUGGUAUAUAAGCACAGAAUUUAUGUACUAUCUCAUGUCGCCAAUAUUCCUAAUUGCUCUACAUAAAUCACUAGUUUUCGGACAUUCUCUAUGUAUCGCAACGAUUUUACUGUCUUCUGUUUUUCGUGGUUAUGCAAUGAUCGUUUAUAAUUUACCAGUAACACAACUGGGAUGGGUAGAACCAAAAAUAUUUACUGGAAAUUUUAUGGAGCAUUUUGCUGAAAUGUAUAUAAAGCCACAUUAUCGUAUUGGUCCUUAUAUUAUCGGAUUAAUGUUAGGAUAUCAUCUGUUUAAUGUCCGCAACUCAUUGCCGAAAAGUUUUAACCGAAAUCACUGUAUUGGCUGGACUAUAUCUACAAUUCUAGCAUUAUCUUCUGUCUUUGGACUGUAUCCAAUAUUACAGAGAUGGGAUUGGCCAAUUUAUUAUGUCAUUUAUGGAUCUUUUCAUCGAGUCAUUUUUGCUCUAGCCAUUGCAUGGGUAAUUUAUGCUUGCCAUACUGGUGCUGGCGGUUAUGUUAAUCGUUUUUUAAGCUUAAAACUUUUUUAUCCAUUCUCAUCGCUUAGUUACACGGUUUAUUUAAGUCAUAUGCCGGUUUUAUUUGGAUCAUUUCUGCAGCUUUCAUUUCCAUAUCAUUAUGCUGGUAAAGUACCAAUGAUAAUGCAGUGUUUUGUAUCGGCUAUAUUUGCUCAUAUUCUGGGAUUGCAAUGUACGCUAUUAUCUGAGCUACCUGGUAUUAACAUUGAGAAAAUUCUUCUUAAAAAUUUUACUAGAGAUACGCCAAAAACUCCAGAACUAAGGAAAUUACCGUCAAAAGCGAGGGCUCCGAACAAUCAGAGUAGUGACAGUAGUUUGUAG